CCCUUCGGCCCUUUCCUGAACCUCACCCAAGUCGUAUUCACCAUGUCCGCCCUCCUUACCCCGCUCAAGGUCGGCUCGGUCACCAUCUCGAACCGCGUCGGAAUGAGUGCCCUGACGCGUAGCCGUGCCACUGGGGCAGUCGCCAACGAUGUAAUGCGCGACUACUACGUCCAGCGCGCGGAGGGUGGUGCCGGACUCAUCGUGUCUGAGGGUAUCCUCGUCACCCGUCAAGGCACUGAAUGGCCCGCAGCGCCCGGCCUCUGGGACGCGUCACAAGUUGAGGGAUGGAAGAAGAUCGUUGAUGGCGUGCAUGCUGCCGGGAGUAAGAUCUACGCUCAGCUGUGGCAUGUUGGCCGUCUGGCCCACCCCGACGCGCCGGAGCAGAAGGCAGCGGGCGAGCCCGUAUAUGGCCCUUCUGCAAUCGCUGCAAGGGGAGGCAAGUUCCGAUUCCUCGCGGACGAGCCUGGAUAUGUCGUCCCGACGGAGCUUGCGGACCCCAAAACGGUCGUUGCGCUCUUCAAAAAAGCGGCGGAGCACGCCAAGGCUGCGGGUUUCGACGGUGUUGAAAUCCAUGGCGCCAACGGCUACAUCGUCCACCAAUUUCUCGACAACACUGCCAACAAGCGCACUGACGCAUAUGGCGGCUCCCCCGCCAACCGCUCGCGCUUCGCACUAGAAGUCAUCGCUGCGUGCCAGGAGGUCUACAGCGAAAAUGUCGCCAUCAAACUGGCCCCCACCGGCGGGUACAACGACGUCGGCAUGCCGCUCGACGAAACCGUCGCCACAUUCGGGCACCUCCUCGAGCAGAUCGACAAGCUUCCCACGCCCCUGUCCUACGUCGUGCUUACGAAAUACAACCCCGUGCUCGACAACGAGGUCGACGGGAAGCUGCGCGCGACGCAGUUCGAUGUCGUGGAGACAUUCAAGUCGUACUUCGCCUCGGGCCGCACGCACUUUUUCCUCAACUCGGGGCUGCAGGUCGCGGACGCCGAGACGUAUGUGGGCGAUGGGAACAACGCUGUGAAAGCGGUGUUCUUUGGCGUCAACUGGCUCAUCCACCCCGACCUUGCCAAGCGGAUACAGCACGGCAAGCCGCUCGAUAACGAGCCCGACUGGAUGCAUCUCUACGGCGCGGAGGGGACUGACCCCGCGAUUGGCUACACCGAUUAUAAGGCGGCGGUAUAUUAG